UAAAUUUCUCUUUUAAACAGUAUAUAUAGUAUAAAUAUCAAUCUCUUUACAUAUUAUGAUGACCAUGGAAUUUGUCUGUAAUGGCUGAACUGAAGCUGGAUCAUAUAGCAGCUGCUUUACAAGAUGUGGAAACUAAAAAAAAGACGUCUGAACAUGUGGAUAACAAAAAUUUAAAUGAUGUGCUAACUAAUAUACAGCAAGAUAUUACUCAAAUGAAGCAAAAUGUUCUGAAUAUAUUAAAAAAUGAUUCAUCUGUGGACUAUGUUAGAAUUAAGUCACUUUUUGAGCAGAUGGAAUAUGAUGUUCAGAAGAAGAGACAAAAUGUUAUCUCUCAAUUUAACAGCAAACCUGCCACACUGACUGCUUCAUCUGUUUUUUGGCAAGAUAAAGUAAGUACAAGGAAUGAUCCAUCAGAUGAAAAACCCUUGCUUGCUCUGCCCCAACCAGGUGGUGAUGUUAAGAGCAAAACGUCGAAUGUUUCUCCUGGACAAAAGUUUCUUGCAUUGCAAAAAUUAAAAAGUAUAAUCAAUCCAACCAGACCAGAUGCACGCUCUAUUUUAAAUAAAUAUUACGGUGUCCCUUUACCCUUUGAAGAUCAAGGUUCAAACAUGGUUUCAAAAGAAAGACAGCAGAUUACAGGUUUAACUCUUACCAGAGCAAAUAUGAAACACAUAGCUAAUAGUGUGGAAGAAAAGGCUGCAUCACAGUUAUCCAACACUCCAUUACCUGUUCAACAAAAAAAAGUGGUUCUUCAUCAACCUGUCGAUGCCAAACAAUACAAGGGACGGAACCUGUCAAAACCUCAAUAUAACUUAGCUUUGGUUAGAUUCGAUGAAGCAUCUCUUACAGAUGCCACUGAUUUACACUGCAAACAACAUCAGCAUAACUUAGAUGCAGUAGAUGGAUUCUACAACAAGGAGAUGCAAUCACCUGAAAAAUCUUCUCCGUUACGUUCAUCCUCCACGCAGCUCAUGGACCAACAUAAGAUAAAUAAAGCGAUUGCACCUAUGUCCACACCAGCAAGUGAUUUAGCACAUCGACCACCUCAUAGAUUUGUUAUUCAAAAUGGUCGGGUAAAUACAUCAUCCCAAGAUUUUCUACAGUUUAAAAAAUAUUAUUGUUUAUCAUGGGAAAGUGUAUCAAAUUUGCUUUUAAAGUUAAAGAAAGUCGUGCUGGAUUACUCUAUACCUAUUGCAUUUAUUGAUGGUGACAGACUGGCUGAUCUUGCUAUGUUUUUUGAACUCGGACCCAAACCCACCAUCAAGGACCUACUAAUGUGUGUACUAAAUAGCAAAGACGUGGAGUGCAUAAUCCUUAUACCAGGACGUCGAUACAUAGCUCCAGAUGGUGUUGAAGCAGCUUCAAUAAAAAUUCAAUCGACAUGGCGCUGUCACAGAAAACACACUGCUUAUUUAGAAUACCGUAGACGGAAGUGGGCUGCAGGUAUUAUUGCACUUACGUGGAUGAUGAAAUGCAAAAUGACUAUGAUCAGAUCAGUGUUAAAGCAAAACCAAAUUGUUUACUUGCAAAACUUUCGCAAAAGAGCACAGGAAUUUCAAAACAGCUGGAAGAAAAUAAAGACUUCAAAACGAGUUAUUGUACACAUUCCUUCAUUAGGCUACAAUACUGUAAUUCGCGACAGUCUGCAUAAUAUUUCAACCCUUCAAAAUAAUCAAAUUGGUAGAAUCUGUGACGUCAUAGAUCCUGACACCGAAGUGAUCUACGUUUGUCCGAUACAAAUAAGUGAAGAGCUGCAAGACUACUACUUGAAAUUGUUGCAUGUUGUUUCAAAUGCCACUGGGCAAGAUUACAAUGCUUUAAAAGAAAGAUUAAAAAUUAUAACUCCAAAUCAUUUUGAUAAGUUUCCACAACACAAUCUGUCGUUAUCCACAUUAUUAAAGUACAGUACGAAAACGAUUCUCAGAAUUAAAGGCUUAAUAAAAGGAAAACAAGCGUACAUUGUCCCUGGAAUGAUGAAUGCUGAUGAUUUAUUUGUUUCGGAACAAUUAGGCAUUCCAAUUCUUGGUACAGAACCUGACUUAGUGCAGUUGUAUUCAAUGAAGUCGGGUGUGCGACGUAUCUUUGAAAGUGCAGGGGUCACCUGUGCGCCUGGUGAGUAUGAUGUCUACAGCAUGCAACAGAUCUACGAAACCUUAGCCAGACUUGUAACGGAAAAUUUGAACGUGACAAGGUGGUUGUUUAAAAUGGAUAAUCAGGUCGAUGGGCGUGGAACUGCUUAUUGUGAUGUCACACCCUAUCUUUCUUGUUUGGAGUAUGCCCUUAAAGAAGAGGAGCGAUAUGGAGAGAAAUGGAAUAAAAAAUGGGCGUAUGAGUCAGUAUAUAAUACCAUCUUGUUGGAAAUUCCAGAAAUUCUUAUGAAUUAUGCAACUCCUGACAAUAAAAUUGUCUAUCCAACGUGGGGUGAAUUUUUGACACAUUUUUUGGCCCAAGGUGGAAUUAUCGAAGCGUGUCCACCAUCGGACAGCACCACAUCUAUAACUGCUAAUGUACUAAUCGAACCUGAUGGCGAAAUAAAAAUACUCUCUGUGGCUGAUCAGAUUCAUUCAACGUCCCGGUACAACUGUUGGGGUCACACAAUACCACAAUCAUCGAUCAAAGCUGAUGUCAUUAACUCUCGUGUCAAUUCCAUAAGCUGUGCGUGCAAGAAUCGUGGCAUUGUUGGAUAUUGUUCCAUUGAUUUUGUUACGUUUAUCGAUCCACAAACGGACUCACAAGUACUAUGGGCGGUUGGAUUGGGUUUGUCAUACAAUAGCAGUUACUCGUUGAUACGUUGGAUGACAGUGCUAACCAAUGGUCAUCUCAAUGUAAUGAAGAAUACGUUUGAAGUUGAUGUGGAUGGAAUUACUUCAAUGCGCACUGCCUACAAUUCACGACGGAAGAAAGUUGAUAGGGAAAAAUCAAAGGUAGCUGAGAAAAGUCCACGUUAUUGCGUGUUGAGUACGAACUUACACCAUACCAACCUAAAUAACCUUCAUUACAGCGUAUUUUUUCAACUUUGCAAGGCUCAUGGCAUUGGAUACGACGAAAAGUUAAAAGUUGGAACAACAUUCACUCUGAUGGACCACAUACGAAAAGACACAAUAGGAAUGCUGACUAUAGGUGAAUCACUACACAAUGCAGUGUCCUCUUUCGCCAUGAAUCUUUCUCUCAUUCAUCAGGAUAUAUCAUCACCCAACAUGCAAGGCGUAUCCAACUUUAAGGGUGCUGUUGAAGAUCUAAAAUGUGUUCUCAAAUGCCUUGAAAUUAAUAUGAACUUACAUCAACGAAAUGUUUCCACAGUCAAAUCAAUGAGAUCAGAACGCCAGGUGAAAUCAGCGAGUGACAGCGCCCCCUCAACGGACAAAGAAGAGAUUUCUCGAAGCAACGAGACUUUUUUUAAAAAAACACCAAUUUCUUCAUCGAGUGCACAUUGUUUUUCCAGUCAUGAUUGUGUCGAUCACCGGUUUCCUUCCUCACCCGUUUCAGGUGGAGAUGAAAAUGUAAUAUAAUAUAUUGUUGGUUUGAUUUUCUUUAAAA